AUGGCUGCCAAUGCAAAAUUAACCAAUGAUCCAUCCGGUGAGUCGGUUGAUGCUACACUUUACAGAAGCAUGAUUGGUUGUCUUUUGUAUUUAACUGCUAGUUGGCCUAAUAUUGCUUUUAGUGUUGGUGUUUGUUCUAGAUUUCAAUCUAAUCCUAAGGUUUCUCAUCUAAAUGUUGUUAAACGUAUUAUAAAAUAUGUUGGUGGAACUUGUGAUUAUGGAUUGUUUUAUAGCAAAGAGUCAAAUCUGUCUUUUGCUGGAUUCUCUGAUUCUGAUUGGGCCAGCAAUGCCGAUGACAGAAAAAGCACCACUGGUGGGUGUUUUUAUGUAGAAGCCAAUCUUGUUGCUUGGAUGAGUAAAAAACAAAAUUAUGUAUCUUUGUCUACUACAGAGGUAGAAUAUAUUGUCACUGGAAGUUGUUGUUCACAGUUUCUUUGGAUGAAAAAGCUUUUGAGUAAUUAUGAGAUAGCCCAAGGCACCAUAGUUGUUUAUUGUGAUAAUUCUAGUGCUAUAAAUAUCUCUAAGAACCCUGUUCAGCAUUCUAAGACUAAACACAUAGAGAUUAGAUAUCACUUUAUUAGGGACUUGGUUGAAAGGAAGAUUGUGGUCCUUGAGUAUAUCCCUACUGAACGUCAGAAUGCUAACAUCUUCACCAAACCUCUUGAUAGAAGUAAGUUUGAGACACUUCGUCAAGUAAUUGGUGUGAUUCGAUGUCCCUAG